UCCUUGAAAUCUAGAUUAGUCAGUGUAACCCUCCGCCUGCAGCAGAAGUGCUGAGGCCAGAAGAGCCGCCAUUUUGAAUGUCUGGUCUGUUCCUCCCUCCGUCGCAUAUAGAAAAGAUUCCAGUCAUUACCUGGUAUCAUUACGGCUGAGGAUGCCAGCUCCGAUCAGACUGCGGGAGCUGAUCCGGACCAUCCGGACAGCCCGAACCCAGGCAGAGGAGCGAGAGAUGAUCCAGAAAGAAUGCGCUGCCAUUCGCUCGUCCUUCCGGGAAGAGGACAACACCUACCGCUGCCGAAACGUGGCCAAGCUGCUUUACAUGCAUAUGCUGGGUUACCCGGCACACUUUGGGCAGUUGGAGUGCCUGAAGCUGAUUGCCUCCCAGAAGUUCACUGACAAGCGGAUAGGGUACUUGGGGGCCAUGUUGCUGUUGGAUGAGAGGCAGGACGUCCAUCUACUAAUGACAAACUGCAUCAAGAAUGACCUGAACCACAGCACACAGUAUGUGCAGGGCUUGGCCUUGUGCACUCUUGGCUGCAUGGGCUCGUCAGAGAUGUGUCGCGACUUGGCUGGAGAAGUGGAGAAGCUGCUGAAAACAUCAAACUCCUACCUGAGGAAAAAGGCAGCUCUGUGUGCUGUCCACGUUAUCAGGAAGGUCCCAGAUCUGAUGGAGAUGUUCCUCCCAGCAACGAAAAACUUGCUCAGCGAGAAGAACCACGGUGUUCUCCACACAUCUGUGGUUCUGCUCACUGAAAUGUGCGAGAGAAGUCCAGAUAUGCUUUCACAUUUCAGAAAGAAUGAGAAGCUGGUCCCACAACUGGUGAGAAUCCUGAAGAACCUGAUCAUGUCUGGGUACUCGCCCGAGCACGAUGUGUCCGGCAUCAGCGACCCCUUCCUGCAGGUGCGGAUAUUGAGGCUACUGAGAAUUCUAGGCAAAGGUGAUGAUGACUCCAGUGAAGCUAUGAAUGACAUUCUUGCACAGGUUGCGACCAACACGGAAACAAGUAAAAAUGUAGGCAAUGCAAUUCUCUAUGAGACUGUUCUGACCAUUAUGGACAUCAAAUCAGAAAGUGGAUUAAGGGUGUUGGCCAUUAACAUCCUUGGACGCUUCCUACUCAACAAUGACAAAAAUAUCAGAUACGUGGCACUGACGUCCCUACUGAAGACUGUGCAGACGGACCACAAUGCUGUGCAGAGGCAUCGGAGCACCAUCGUGGACUGCUUGAAAGAUUUAGACGUGUCGAUCAAGCGGCGGGCGAUGGAGCUCAGUUUUGCACUGGUCAACGGCAACAACAUCCGAGGCAUGAUGAAGGAGCUGCUCUACUUCCUGGACUCGUGCGACCCGGAUUUCAAAGCCGACUGCGCGUCUGGAGUGUUCCUGGCUGCUGAGAAGUACGCUCCCUCCAAAAGAUGGCACAUUGACACGAUCAUGAGGGUCCUGACAACGGCGGGUAGCUACGUCCGGGACGACUCUGUCCCCAACCUGAUCCAACUGAUCACAAACAGCGUGGAGAUGCAUGCUUACACUGUGCAGAGACUCUACAAAGCACUGCUGGAUGAUAUCUCACAGCAACCUUUAGUGCAGGUGUCUUCCUGGUGCAUAGGAGAGUAUGGAGAUCUCCUGGUGUCAGGACAAUGUGAAGAGGAGGAGCCCAUCCAGGUUUCAGAGGAUGAGGUUUUGGAUGUGUUGGAAGGCCUCCUGGUCUCCAACCUGUCCGCCCCUGUUACCCGCGGUUACUCCCUGACUGCCAUCAUGAAGCUUUCCACUCGUUUCAGCAGUGUAAACCGCAUCAAGAAGGUUGUGUCUAUAUACGGGAGCAGUAUAGACGUGGAGCUGCAGCAGAGAGCUGUGGAAUAUAAUGCACUUUUCAAGAAAUAUGAUCAUAUGAGGCCAGCCUUACUAGAGCGCAUGCCCAUCAUGGAGAAGACCUCGGCCAACGGCCCCUCAGAGAUCGUGCAGACCAAUGGGGAGACAGAGUCCACUGUACUGGACACAAAGCACGCACCUGCUGUCCCUCAACCAGCCACUCAGGCUAAUGAUCUGUUGGACCUGCUGGGUGGUAACGACGUGGUUCCUGUGAUCCAGACCUCUGUACCUACCAAGCCUGCCUCUGCUGGGGGGGAACUGCUGGACCUGCUGGGGGAUCUCUCUAUGACAGGUGGUCCCACCCCUGCCCCUGCUCCCUCUGUUCCCAUCUCCCAGCCCUCCUUCCUCCUGGACGGCCUGUCCUCACAACCCCUGUUUAACGACACUGCCGCAGGUAUCCCUCCCAUGACGGCUUACAAUAAAAAUGGCCUGAAAAUCGACUGCACCUUCGAGAGGUCGAACCAAAAUCCAAACAUCGCAGUCAUCACCAUCCACGCCUCCAAUUUGACCGAGGCGGAAAUGACUGAGUUUGUUUUCCAAGCUGCAGUACCAAAGACAUUCCAGCUGCAGCUGCUGUCCCCUAGCAGUAAUAUAGUCCCAGCACUUAAC